AAAGUUCGUAUGUAUAGAAAAUAAAUACAAAUGCGUGGCGUUAGCAGACUGCUGUAUUGUAAACAAACAAUUUUUUUUAACAAGUCUUUCAGUAUUUUAAGUCAUCGGAAGAUGUACCUGGCGGUCAUAGUAUUCAAAAUUCGUGUGAAACAUAUACUUAAAUAGAGCAAUGACCAUAGCCACGGCACCUGGGGAGUCGGACUCGGAGCUUUUGCAGCCAGUGUGGAGGGCGCGAAGGCAACCCUCAAUCUACCACUUAGCACUUUUCUUUAUCGCCGGCAGUCUUGCGGCCUGGGUUUUUCAUUCAUUGAAUUUCUCGAGUCUGAGCUGGAAACUUCCCACUGCCCACUACCUGGAGACGCGACACGAGUUUGCACUUUACUCCGUGGAGGAGGUCAACACUUUUAAGGAGUUCUAUGAUAAGAGCAUUACCGACAGCAUCUGGGCGAGUUACACGGAAGCGGAGCAGACAAACGUCAAUGAGGCGCUAGGAGCCCUUCGACUGGCUCAUGAAAUGUACCUGGCGGGGAAGGAUGAAAAGGCGGCGCGUUUGUUCAAACACGCUUUGGCAUUAGCCCCCCGACACCCUGAAGUCCUGCUUCGCUAUGGCGAGUUCCUGGAGCACAACCAGCGCAACAUUGUUCUGGCGGAUCAGUACUACUUUCAGGCACUUACUAUUAAUCCGAGCAACUUGGAGGCGCUGGCCAACCGACGGCGUACUGCCGACGUGGUGCAGAAUCUUGAUGAGCGCCGCCUGGAGUCGCUGGACUUCAAACGAAAUGCUCUCUCCGCCAUUCACGAGUCUAAACCCGCCCUGCGGCGUGCUAAAAAGGAAGCCUAUUUUCAGCACAUUUACCACUCAGUAGGCAUAGAGGGGAACACGAUGACGCUGGCCCAGACGCGGUCAAUCCUAGAGACCCGCAUGGCUGUAGACGGCAAAUCCAUCGAUGAACACAACGAGAUCUUGGGAAUGGAUUUGGCUAUGAAGUACAUCAAUGCUAGCUUGGUGCAAAAAAUAGAAAUCACUAUAAAGGAUAUCCUUGAGCUGCAUCGUCGUGUUUUGGGUCAUGUGGACCCCCUUGAAGGUGGCGAGUUUCGGCGUAAUCAGGUGUACGUUGGGGGACAUAUACCACCCGGUCCGGGGGACCUGUCGCUGUUAAUGCAGCGCUUUCAGAGCUGGAUAAACUCGGAGCGCAGUACAUCACUACAUCCCGUCAACUAUGCGGCCAUCGCCCACUACAAGCUGGUCCACAUUCACCCUUUUAUUGAUGGGAACGGACGCACCUCGCGUCUGCUAAUGAACACGCUGCUGAUGCGAGCAGGCUACCCACCUGUUAUUAUUCCAAAGCAGCAGCGUAGUAAGUACUAUCACUUUCUAAAGCUUGCCAACGAGGGUGACAUUCGGCCCUUUCUGCGAUUCAUCGCUGACUGCACGGAGAAGACUCUUGAUCUGUAUCUGUGGUCCACCAGCGAACUGCCUCAACAGAUCCCCAUCCUCAUUCAGACGGAAAGUGAAGUCGGAGAGCGUCUGGCUAAAAUGCAGUCUCCAUACAUAAAUCACAAGUCGUCAAUAUCAGAGUUCAAUGAAUUCGGUUCAGGAUCGCAGCCAUGAAUCUACUGAAUGCAUUAAUUUUAGCUAAUUCUUUUGUGUUAUUCAAACGUUCGUGCAAAAUUAUUCAAGUUAAUGUAAAUUUGUCUAUAGUAGAUUGUUUUCUGAACAAAAGAAUUGACGUUAUACUGUGAUCAAUUUAAGCUAAAAGACAACCAAAUGUAUGCUGUAACUAAGGCACAAACCAACUAUAGUGUUAUAUUUACUAAAUAGGAUUUUUUACUCACAGACCUCGUUUUUUCGCAAACCUGAAAUAGUGUAACUAUGCUGAAACUGCUUUUUGGCCAAAAAUGUAUAUAAAUCGGAGUUAAAAUACAGAAAAUCAUAAUCUUUAA